AACGAAACCAUACUGAGGAUUAUGAUGAGUAUUUAAACCAGAGUAGUUUCUGGAUAAUCACUAGUUGAAUCCUAGCUUCCAGGCAACCAUCAUCAUCAUGAAGCUUACGGUUGUGAUUGCCGCAACCCUGAUCGCCAUUGCUUCUGGACACAGUAGAAGUUAUGGAAGUUCAGGGUCCUCUGGAAACUCUGGUUGGGGUGGAGGCAGUGUCUCCUCUGGAUAUAGCAGUGGUGGAGGCCACAGCAGUGGAGGAAGCUUUGGAGGAAGCUCUGGAGGGUAUAGCAGUGGAGGAAGCUCAAGUAGAUGGCCCUCAAGCUCCAGUGGACACAGCAGUGGAGGAAGUUUUGGAGGAAGCUCUGGAGGACACAGCAGCGGAGGAAGCUUUGGAGGAAGCUCCGGUGGACAUAGCAGCGGAGGAAGCUUUGGAGGAAGCUCCGGUGGACACAGCAGCGGAGGAAGCUUUGGAGGAGGCUCUGGAGGUUACAACAGUGGAGGAAGCCUUGGAGGUGGACACAGUAGUGGAGGUAGCUUUGGGGGAAGCUCCGGUGGACAUAGCAGUGGAGGAAGCUUUGGAGGAAGUUCCGGAGGGUACAGCAGUGGAGGAAGCUCAGGUGGAUGGCCCUCAAGCUCUGGAGGGCAUAGCAGUGGAGGUAGCUUUGGAGGAAGCUCUGGUGGACACAGCAGCGGAGGAAGCUUUGGAGGAAGCUCCGGAGGUUAUAGCAGUGGAGGAAGCCUUGGAGGUGGACACAGUAGCGGAGGUAGCAUUGGAGGAAGCUUUGGAGGAAGCUCCGGAGGGUACAGCAGUGGAGGAAGCUCAGGUGGAUGGCCCUCAAGCUCCGGAGGACAUAGCAGUGGAGGUAGCUUUGGAGGAAGCUCUGGAGGACACAGCAGCGGAGGAAGCUAUGGAGGAAGAGGUGGAUCUGUCUGGAUAUAAAGAGGAUUGGAUGUUUAGAGAAGAAUUUGAUUCAACUGUUUAAUUCUAAGAUUAAUACUUUAAUCCCUCACAUUUUCAAUAAAGCUUUAGUCUAAUCCA